AUGAGCUCAACAUCUUCACAAGUUCAUAAUCAUCAUCAUCAACAUACUAUUCAAAAUAUUCAUAACAAUACUAAUAGAACCAUCACUCUCGUUCCGUAUGAUCAAGUCAGAGAUACAUGGCCCUCCAUCGGAAAUCAUAUCAUUGCAACCUAUUCCGAUGAUGCUGUUCUUGUUUAUCAAGCCUUCAAUGAUGAAAUUGCAGAUUAUGCACUUGAACAUCAAAAAUUCGAAGGAUGUCCGUCCUACAAUGAUACACGAAUGACUUGGAUCAAAUCCAAUUGGUUAUGGAUGAUGUAUCGUUCCAAUUAUGCAACUAAACAAAAUCAAACAAGAAUUCUUGGAUUAUGGUUGAAGAGAAGUGCUUAUUUGGAUAUUCUUAGAAAGGCUAGAUUGAAGGGAUCAGGUGCAGGAUUGGUUCGUGCUCAAUGGGAUCCAGAUUAUUCACCUGCGUUGGAACCUAUUAAAAGGAGAAGAGAUUUACAAAUUGGAAUUAAAAAACGAGAAUCAUUUAGGAAUGGUGAGGAUUUUAUUGAGAUUGUCGAUUGUACAGAAUUGGCUCAUAAGAGUAGGGAAACAAAAAGUAUACCACCUGAGAGAGUUUUUAUACCUGAUGAGGAUGAAAUUUGUAUUAAUUUACAAGUGACAAGAAAUUAA